GUGGCCAACGCGUGGCGUUCGGCAAAGAUAGAUGUGUGUGUGCGUGUGUGUAUGUGUUGCGUAGAGUAUGGUGUAUUGUCGACAGGUUAGUUGCGUAAUGCCGGUGGACGAAAACGGGUUGUUGCCGGAAAUGUAGACAUACACAUUGUUGAUGCUGAAGUGUUUGUGUGAAGGUGGCUGUUGUUAGAGAUUCCAAUGCAUGUUUUAGUAACAGAAGUCCAUCGGUCCUCAGCUAUUCCGUCAUGCUUCUGCAAUCAGUGAACACAAGUUUUUCCUUUUUUAUAAGCUGCAUAGUGUUCUUAUUCGGUGUUUCGCGAGUUACCGGCGUAGGAGAGGUGAUAUAUGCAAUUAACGCAGGCGGUGAAUCGCACACAGACAGUUUGGGGGUAAGAUAUGAAAGGGAUCCUCUCCACGGAAAGGUGGGAACAGCAUCUGACUAUGGAAAGCAGCUUAUAAUAGGAAGGGUACCGCCUACGGAUCAGCUGUUGUAUCAGACGGAACGUUAUCAUCAUAGCACUUUUGGUUACGAUAUACCCAUUCAUGAAGACGGAGAGUAUGUUAUGAUUCUGAAGUUUUGCGAAGUAUACUUUAAUGCACCAAACAUGAAGGUGUUCGAUGUUGUUCUAAAUGGGGAUCUCACAAUAGUUCCAGACUUAGAUAUUUUUGAUAGAGUUGGAAGAGGAGUUGCUCAUGAUGAAUACAUACCAUUUAGUGUUGUAAAAGGGAAACUUUACUAUAAUGAAGAAGAGUCUGAUAUACGUGGAGGGAAGAUAAGAGUCGAAUUUAUCAAGGGAUAUCGAGACAACCCUAAAAUAAACGCAAUUUGUGUAGUAAAAGGAAAAUUGGAAAAUGUUCCAAAACUGGCACCACUCCCAAAUGAGCCUGACUCGGAUGACUACCAGGAAGAAACAGAGGAACGACGAGCAUCAAAGAAUCGUAGGCCUAGUGGUCCACGCACUCCAGACCCUUACUCAGUAGAUGAGACUUCUGUUAUGCUUCCUGUUUUUGUGGCCAUUGGUGCAUUCAUCCCUCUUCUUUUCUGUCUGUGUAAGCUGUGAUGGCCUGGGCGGGCAGCGAACCGUCGGCAGCGAGAGUGGCGGGAUAGUGACGCGUGGUUGCGCCCGCCACCCUCUGCUAUCGACCGCUGCCCGCUUUGCCAGAGGUCACCGUUGGAUUCUUAAUGCUAUGGUGCACGUCCAGAUGCUACAGAGAGCUCAGCACUUUGUAUUACUUUAUGAAAAGUAUGUAGUGCACCUGCAAAUGUUCAGUAUUGUGAGAGACUGCAUUGUGUAGAGACUAUCACUAAAGUAUAAAAAACUACAGCAGUAUUAUAGAUAUGCACUGCAUGGAUUUGUGUGUGUCUGUACAAGUUUUCAUCGGGAGACUAAUUCUGUGCUGCCUAGCAUUCGUAUCUGUGGAGAAUUAGCAGGCUGGUUCAAAUUGUCACUGCAGUUUGAUAACCUAAAAUUUCCUCAUUGCCAUAUAUCAAUAGAAAGAAGGGAUCCACAUAUUCCAACCAUUGAUUUGGCAAUUCUGGAUGUGUAUUGAUAUAAUGUUAACUGAUAAAUUUACGUAUUAUUGUAUCAACUUGGCCACAACACAAGACUUAUCAAUUGCAUCAUUAUUACAAGAAUUACCACAUGAUGCAUCCAGGCUAUGUCUCAUGAAUACUGUGUGUUUGGUAUGUGGAACAAUCACAAAAAGACAGAUUCUAACCAUAUCUCUGUCAAAAACUGGAACUCAGUAUACUCUGUUAAUUUUUGUUUACAUGUUUACAUUCAGAAUUUAUGUGCAGUCUCUCUCUUUCACUCUUUCUUUCUCUUUUUGUGUGUGUAUAAGAUGGGAUUGUGUGUUCGUUUUGAGGGUUGGGGGAAGUACAGUGAUUUACGCUGUGUUCCAGACUUUUAUUGUAUUUGUAAAAUAAUUCUGAAACAUAAUUUCAGUUUUAUAAAGUUCAAAGUGUCUAUUGACAUCAGAGUAAGUCAGGGAGGACUUUUGAAGAAAAAAAAUGAAAGAACACACAUUUGUAAUUUGACUAUUUUCCAUCUGCUAUCUUUUGCUCCAUGACACAGAGAGAAAUUUCUGUUCCAUUUACCUUUUCUUCUAGGAAAUUGUCCCAUUUAUAUCAAUGCCAGAUAAUCUUAACUUAGCAGAUGAGCAGUCUUUAUAAAUCUUUUACAAGUGAUUAUUUCAAUUCCAAUGAAAUAUUGUAACGAUAUGUAUGUUCCUCAUUGAACUCUGUUUGUGUGUCUGGAUGCCUCUAUUAUGAAUGUAACGGGUAAUCCAGUUAAACUUUUAAGAUUUUGUAUUAUGAAUUACAAAAGUAAUUCAUGGUUAGUGGUGCUAGAAAUUUCAGGAUUGAUUGACAGUUUGUUGGUCUUUUUUCCAUAAUAAAUGUUGAUAGGGUGGAGCCAUUUCCAGCUAAAUGGCUAUACUUUAGUUUAGAUAUGAUAAGAGAACACAGCAUUUCAUGAACAGUUCAUGUCUCAAUGGCAACAGAAUACAAACUCUUCAUAUUGUUAACUGUAAACUGUACUUUUGUGCCACUGAAAACUAUUACUUUGUUAAUUAUAUACAUUUUAGGCAGACACCUCUCCAAGAAUGACAAAUCUUAUGUGCUUAGAACAAGACAGUAACACACCACUAUAUUUUUGCUAUCUCAUUGCACUUUAUCCUCAAAGAGUGUUGCUUUAUCCAAAAGGGAUUAAAUUACAUAAAAGGAAUGGGUGAUGGAACACUUGAUGAUUAAAUUUCAGACUUAAUUUGUAAUCCUCCUUUAUGGGCCGAUGAUAAAUACAUAGAUUCCCAAACCUGCUUCAUAUCAUUCGCCGUUAGCAUAAUAUUCUUUAAUGCUUGUUUUCAUAUAGACAGCGUACUAAAAAUAAGUAUCCAGUGUGUCUGAGAAUUCUUCUCCUCCAUUGUCUCCAUUUCUUUAACUCAUACUGCACACUAGUAUUGCUGUCUUCUUCUUAUGGCCUUAUUUAUUUACGCUCUUUCAUGAUGAGCUAUGUCUAUUGCUAGGGCUUCUGGUGUGUUGUUCAUCUCAUUUUGUCUAUGUUUUUUUGCAAUUACUUCACCAUUUUCCUACACAAAUCAUUUUAUAUUGUUUCAGUUUUAAAUUUGCUUGCCAUGCUGUCUCUGCCAGUAAUUUUCCAUCACCAGCAAAUAAGUUACACUUCAUUUUCUCAUGCAGUUUAGUGGAACACAGCUAUUUCUGGCUGUAUUUCAUGAUACACAAUAAAUUCCCUUUAAUUUGUGUUGGACAUUCGCGAUUACUUCUUUGAUACUUAAUUUCCUACAUACUUAAACUGCUUUGUCCGUGUUGACUAACCUUCUCCUUUUUUUUUUUUUUUAGCCCUAAUUCAAUUAUUGUUGUUAUCUUACCUAACGCACCACAUUUAAUUUUAAGAAUGUUUGCAGUAAUAGAGUUGAUUUGAAACAUUUCACAAAUAGUGUGAAACAUGCACUAGAAAUCUAUAAGGGGCAUUAGUUACCGAUAAAGUUACUAGGUACAUUACCUACCUUUGAGUACAAACUUUCAAAAGUGAACUACACUGUGUGCUAGUUCAUCACUAUGUCAGUGCAGAAACACAAAACAUCUUUGAAAACAUUCAGAUAUUUGCUAUCGUAUUAGCAGGCUGUAUCAUCUGUUGCAGUGUGUGCUUGUGAAAAGACAGGCACCCAGAAUUGUUAUUCAGUUUGGGUUAUUCUGAAAGUAAAUGUACAGGGGCUCUCACGGGACUGUGUCCUGGUUCACUCUGGUACUAUUGGACAAUCAUCAUGCUUAUUCACAUGUUUAUUUAACGUAUACCAAAGCAUACAUGUGCAUUAUUUUUCUGCUUUCUCAUAGACAAAAAGAUGUUAACUGUCUUUAACUCUCACGCCACGUGACCUUAAAGCUGAGGAAUCUAGUAAAAUAACAAAGUGUGGGACAAGUGAAUCCUACUAGUCAUAAUUAAUUGAAAUGAUGACUUCUAACAUUAUUAUUUUGAAAUAAAUAUGCCAAAUAAUAAUUGACUGUAAUUGGUGUAGCCAACUGGGUACAGAAUCGCUUUCAUUCUGCAUCAGUUGAAAGGAUAGAAAAUUAUAUACUUAUGCAGAACAAUGUACGAGUUUAAUUUUACCUCACCCUUUGGUGCCAUGUGAACAUGCUAAUUCAGUUUUUAAAGUUUAAUCAGCGAUGUCAGUAUUUGAAAGAAUCAUGUACUUUCUGUUUAAUGUGUAGAAGUUGUUAAAAUUUUUUGAUAAAUUUCUCCAAUUACUGGCUGAAAAUUUCAAAAGUAUUACAUGGACCGAUCAUGUUAUCGUGGUGUGUAAUGAGCAAGCAAGGCCUGUACAGUAUGGUCUUUAUGAUCACUAUGACUCCUUGUAAUUUAUCAUUUUAUUGAACUUUGUUUGUGGAUGAUACGAACAGUGAACCAAUACGUAUGGUGACUUUUAGUGUCAUUUAACACAUUUUACAUUAUUAUUUGCACUGUUUCAGAAUUAUUGUAAGGUUGAUAUAUUCCACUAAUGUAGUUGAAAAUGGAGGAACACAAUAUUCAUAAGCAUAAGUUAGCUUGCUGAAUAAUUUCAAAUUUAUGUAAAACUGAAAAUUAUUUAAUAUACUGGCCAUGCACUUUUACUUCUGUCUCUUGUAGACUAAUAAUGCAGGUUGCCGCGCUGAAUUAAAAUGAUAUUCCCUAUGUUUGUUAAAAAUGUGGUGGUUGGUGAUGUGAUAAAGAACAUUUUAUGAACAGCUAUAAUGUAUUGCUGCAUCAGCUGUUGUGUGUUGUACAUAUGAUUGUAACAAAUAUUUUUCAUUGAUGAAUGGGAAAUGUUAAAACAUAAUGUUGUCUCAUUUUUAUUAUUGAAGACAGUGUCACUAAAGUUUUUGGGUGGUGUCUGUUCAGAAUGUGCAAAAUUUGUGUGAAGAUGCAUGAAUCAGUUUGGAGAUGAACAGUCACUGUCUCAGUGACUUUUUUGUGGGAAUGUUUCGCCUCUCUAUUUGAAAUAAUGAAUUACAUAAGUUUUCCUCUUGACCCUGCUUAUGUGUGGAACAUAUUUUCAAAGGCCUGACCUGAUUUUUGAUGACCGGUGCAAUGAAGACGCUUAAAUUCAAUGAGCUGUUUUGUUGUUAAUUUUUUUAUAUUACGCUUUUUUUAAUUUGGCAGUUCUGCCAAUGAAACAUAUUUUUCAUGUUAUAUAGUAAUUUUUAUGUGUGUUGUGCAUUUUAUGAAGUUAUUGUUUGCCAUAAACAUCAGUAUUUUGAGGAUUAAUUGUUGUGGGGUUUUGUCAGAUGAAAUAAAUGAAUUGUUGCAUAUUUGAAAGUACCAUUUUCCUUGCAGACUUUGUUUUCCAUGUGCUUCAUUACUUUAUACUACUUAAAAAGUUGAUAAUCAUUCCAUGAAACAUUGCUCACAAAGUAGCUGGAAUAAAAUUUUAUCAAUUUUAAAAUGUAUGUACCAUUUUAAACAAAGCUGUAUUUAUAUAUAAGCAUUGAAAAAGUCAGAUAUGACUUGUUAAACUACUUACAGAGCAGUUCAGUAGAUUCACUUUGUACCAAGAUUGUGCUACCAAGGGAUAUGUGCAGACUUCCAUAUGUUAUCACAUACCUGUAUGUGCUGUACAUUGCCUCAAUCUACAUGAAUACUGGAGUAAUAUGCAUGUGUGUAACUGCAGUGUUAGUACAAAUAUUUAUCUGUUGUUUUGUUUAUAAAAAUUGUUUGCUACUUUAAUAAAAUCAAUAAAAUGGGAGAAGUUCUGUUUUGAAA